AGCAAAGAAGCAACUUCAUGGAGAAACGAUUUGGAAGACGGAAGAGCGAUGUCCCGGCUGUCUUUAACACGGUCCCCGGUUUCCCCCCUGGCUGCUCAAGGAAUUCCUCUCCCGGCUCAGCUCACCAAAUCGAAUGCCCCCGUGCACAUUGAUGUGGGAGGACACAUGUACACCAGCAGCCUGGCAACCUUGACUAAGUACCCAGAUUCCAGAAUAAGCCGUCUGUUUAAUGGCACGGAACCUAUUGUCUUGGACAGUUUAAAACAACACUAUUUCAUUGAUCGAGAUGGUGAAAUUUUCAGAUACAUCCUAAGCUUCUUAAGAACGUCAAAACUGCUGCUCCCAGAAGACUUUAAGGACUUUAACCUUUUAUACGAAGAGGCCAAGUACUACCAGCUGCAGCCGAUGACCAAGGAACUUGAGCGAUGGAAACAAGAGAAAGAACAAAGGAAACAUUUCCAGCCCUGUGACUGCUUGGUUGUAAGGGUGACUCCGGAUCUCGGGGAAAGGAUUGCACUGAGUGGGGAGAAAGCGCUAAUCGAAGAGAUCUUCCCGGAGACGGGGGACGUCAUGUGCAACUCCGUCAACGCUGGCUGGAACCAGGACCCCACCCACGUCAUUAGGUUUCCUUUGAACGGAUACUGCCGGUUGAAUUCGGUGCAGGUACUUGAACGGUUGUUCCAGAAGGGAUUUAGUGUGGCAGCAUCGUGUGGUGGAGGUGUGGAUUCCUCUCAGUUCAGUGAAUAUGUGCUAUGUCGCGAGGACAGAAGACCACAGCCCAACACCACCAUCAGAAUAAAGCAAGAACCCCUGGACUAACGGGGGGGCCCUUCCCCUCCUUUGUGAACGUAGACGUGCUUCAUAGGCCCUCGUUCAACAGUCCCGCUAAGGAUUUGCAAGACAGUAUUACAAGACAGGUGACUUUGAGGUUGCCAAUUAUUUCUGAAACUACCUGUCCCGUCGCCAGCCAUAGACUU